GUUUGAGUUUUUAAUGAAGCAAUCCAACCCAUCUCGGAAUUUAACAGUUGUGUAAGCAAUUUAUAAAAUCACAACAAAUUUCUUAUUUUUAAAAGUUAGCUUUAUAUUUGAUUUGGACAAACAAUAUACAAUAUGCAGUCCUCACAGUACCUUAGUCAACUGAACGCCUUCGAAAAGAUGAGCGAUGAACCGUGGCCGGAAGACGCAGUACUUUAUCAGCCGUACGAAGCGGAGCAGAUUCUCUUGCCAGAACACGCUAGUUGCUUAGCUGUUAAAGCGUAUCUCAAAAUGUGUCAACUACCAUUUGAAGUACGCUCAUGUGCAAAUGCCGAAUAUAUGUCACCAGGUGGACGUAUGACAAAGCUGCCAUUUAUACGUGCCGGAGAAUUCAUAAUGGCUGAAUUUGAACCGAUCGUCAAUUUUAUUGAGCACAAGGGUUCCGCUAUCGGACAGUGGUUGGACGAUGACAGCAAAGCUGAUAUGCGUACAUAUGUAUCAUUGGCUGAAAACAUUUUCACAAUGGCCGAACUCUACAUUAGCUUUAUCAAUAAAACUGUGUAUGACAAAGUGACAGCACCACGGAACGGCUGUGUUUUUCCAUGGCCACUUAAUCUGAUACAAAAUUACUCGAAACGACGCAAUACACUGCGUUUGCUGAAGGUGUAUCAAUGGAACGAUAUGACAAUUGAAGAUGUUAUUGAAAAGGUGGAGAAAUGUUGCGAGACAUUAACCUUGAAACUCGAAGAAUCACCCGACACACCGUUCUUUUACUCCGAUCAACCAUGCGAAUUGGACGCUAUUGCCUUUGGACAUCUUUUUGCUAUUAUAACAACGGAUUUGCCAAAUAUGGCACUUGCACAGACAGUGCGAAAAUUCAAACGUUUGGUAGAGUUCUGCCAAUUUAUUGAUGGAAAAUAUUUCCAAAUGAGUAAAUGAAUCUGAAUUGCUAAGCCGAUCCAAGAUGCGAGCAAUCCCACUUAUACAUACAUAUUUACUGCUAUACAUUUUCUAUAUUAUAAUAUUCAGAUAUACAUACAUAUAUGAAUAUGUGUACAUGCAUAUAAAAAUAAAUUGUUAAUUAAAAUCUAUGAAACUAUUUUGAGAUAUUUUAAAUAAAUGCGAAAUACGGUUGAAAUUCCAUAAAUCGAACUCUUGAACUGGCUAUAGAAGUAAAAUUUCAUACAAAUUACCUUCCAUAACUCGAUGUUUUUUUGUGGAUUAUGGUGAUUCGUGUUAGGGAAGUUCAGCUGUAGUUUAUUUUAAUUAAAAAAAAAGUACAAUUCUUUAACCUAAGCUAAAUAGAAAUUAAUUAAAUUGGCAUUUACAUUUGCGCCAAUUCGUAUUUUAAACAUAUUUUUAAGGCAUUAAACCUUGUCUGCCGAAAAUAACUGCAGAUAAAUUGUAUAAACCUAAACAGACAAACAAGUUAGGUUAUGUUUACUCAAGCUGUCAACUGUCUCACAAAUGAUAAAUAAAAAACAUUGGUUUUCAUUGUAGAUAUUGAUUUAAUUUAAAUUUAUUAUCGUUUACAUUUUAAUUAUAAGAAAUUAGCAGCGUAAUUAAUUUUAUUUGUUUUGCGUUUUUAAUUAAUUACAUUACUUCACAAAGUUUGGGUUUUUCUUCAAUAUGACAAAUCCUUCCAUUACGGGUGUAAGCGAAAUGUACUCAUCUGUGGCCAAUUCAGCGCGUUCACCCAUCGCGAGCAGUACAGGUGUUGUAUGAG